AUGUCAGAUCAAACCAACCAGCAGCAACAGCAGAAGGGUAACGUCGCCGGCGCAGCAACAAACACCAUCGGCAAAGGCGUCUCUGGCAUCACCGACACCACAGGCAACGUUGUCGCUGGCGCGGGCAAGGGUCUGGGCGAUGCGGUGACCGGUGUCACGCAGGGUUUGGGGGAUACUACUAAGGCGGCGGGAAAUAUGGUUGGGGAUACGACGAAGGCGGGUGGACAGACUGUGAGUGGAGGUAAUCAGACGGGGGCGAAGCAGUAG